AUGCUCACGCCAGGAUAUCAAAAUGCACUCUCGGAGAACGGAAUUACCACUCAUUUUGCCAGAUCCAUAUUGCCGGAAUGUGGAGCAAAAGAUAUUGAAAAUACUUCACCAACAUCAAGUUAUGCAUCUUCAAAUUAUUAUCAAUAUAGUUUACAACAGAAUUAUACUCAACAGUUUAUGGUUAAAAACGAAGAAGAUUAUGUGUCGCAAGCGCCUUUCUGUUCUGAUGCAUAUUUGCAACCAGCAGCAGAUGCAUUUAUUCAGAAUCCUAGAAUAUUUGAGAAAAAUCAAUUAUCCCAUGCUGAUUAUGAUCGUAGUUUCAUAAAAUCUGAUAAUGCAAUUUUCGGCCAAAAUGCAUAUGGUACUAGUCCAUUUGUUCGUCCUCAUUACCCUCAUUUCCCAUUUUCUACUCAUCCGAUGACUUCUGCUACUUCUCGAUUACCUACUCCUAUUUUAUGUCAAUGGAUAGAAAAAAAUAGGAUGUGCAAUCGGGUUUUCUACACCAUGGAUCAUAUUGUAUCGCACCUGCAACAGGAACAUAUUAGCAAUAAUGAUUCGUCAUUACAUAUUUGCCACUGGAAAGAUUGUCCACGCAAGGGAAGGAUAUUUAAGGCGAAAUAUAAAUUAGUUAAUCAUGUAAGGGUACAUACCGGCGAGCGACCGUUUCCGUGCAAUAUGUGUGACAAAGUCUUUGCAAGAAGUGAAAAUUUGAAAAUUCACCAAAGGACACACACAGGUCCACAUUUCCUUUUGUUUCGCAAACUUUAA